UUGCCAACACUGUAUUUGAUACUUGAGCAAUCCAUUAAUUGGCUGGAAUACUCUACUGAAUUUUCAAAAUGUCCGGCUCCAGAUUCACCCCAGACCCAAAUUUUAGCUAUAAGAAAUGAAUCGAGAAAGAAACGAAAAAGUUCAAUAACUGAAGAACAACAGUUAGGUUAUCGAAAAAGUGAAUCAGGAAAGAGCGAAAGAGAAUAUAAUCAAGAUGAACAAGCAAAUAUUUUAGAAAAUGAAACAUCACUUGCCUGUCAACUUACUGCUGAUGAUAGUAAUUUUUUCAAACCGUUUCGUGAAGCUGUUGCAAAUCUUGGACAUAAUUAUUGUUCUAUU